AUGAAUAUCAUAUCAGAGCAUGGUUACCGUCAAGAUGGUCGAAAACCAUAUCAAAUUCGAAACCUAAAUUAUAAACUGGGAGUCUAUUCGCAGGCCGAUGGUUCAGCAUAUCUUGAACAAGGCAACACUAAGGUUCUUUGCGCAGUGUAUGGUCCUUACGAACCUAAACAACGAAGUCGUUUGUUGGAGGAUCGUUGCAUCAUCAAUUGUCAGUAUAGCAUGGCCACAUUCUCAACUAAUGAGCGGAAGGAACGACCUCGAGGAGAUCGUCGAUCGCUGGAAUUUGCUCGGUUGAUGGAGAAAGCGUUCGAAGCAGCAGUUCUGACGGAAAACUAUCCACGAUCUCAGAUUGAUGUUUUCUGUGAACUAUUGCAGGCAGAUGGAAGUCAUUUGGCAGCAUGUGUCAAUGUGGGAACAUUAGCACUUGCUGAUGCAGGUGUGCCAAUGCGUGGUUUGGUUGCGGCAGCGUCAUGUGCUUGUGCACCUAAUGGAGUAGCGUGUGUAGACGUUAAUUCGCGCGAAGAAAUGGGUAUCAUUCCUCGACUAACAGUGGCUACAAUAUCGGGGCAAGAUGCAGUUGUGCUGGCUGAGUUACAAAAUAGAUUACAUAAGAAUUAUCUAAUAGUGAUAUUGGAAGCGGCCCGAAGAGCAACAGCUCAUGUACACUCAUGUCUUGAAGCUGCCGUAUUGACUCAUAUUAAGGCUGCCAUUGGUUUACCCUCCGAUAAUGAUGUGGAACUUUGA